AUGGCUGAACAAAAUAAUUGGGUCUUUGACUCGUCGUCUAAAGAAGAAGACCGAGCCCACUUCUGUGGAAUGACUAUUGAGAAUGAUGCAGAAGAGUCUGGAUCUGGCUCCGACUCCCAGGACAAGAUUAAUCAUUUCAUCAACGGUCUUCGACGGAAUAUUCGUGAAUUCGUCACCAAUCGCGACGUACCAUCAUUUACCAAAGCAGUUGAGUAUGCAAGGAAACAGGAGCAUGACCUGAGUCUCCCUGAUGGUUCUGAUGUACCGGAGAAACGAUCGAGAGUUAAGAGAACCUUCUCGACCCCGACACAUAAAUCAUCUCGAUUCUUCAAGUCGAAAAGAGCUCAAUCGCAUAAUACACCACAUACUACCUCACAGGCAUAUACAAUGCAGUCAAAUACGCCACAGAACUGCAACCGAUGUGGCAAGAAUCACCAGGGACGAUGUAGUGGUGAUCAAACCUAUGUACGAUGCUUCUGUUGUGGUGAAGCUGGGCACAUACCAACUCAGUGCCCUCAAAGAGAAAAGGCAUGUUAUAAUUGUGGUGUGUUAGGUCAUCAUAUGCGAGAUUGUACAAAGAAUAGACUGGAGGAAAGUAAGGGGUCGGUACAACAACCGAGGCAACGAUCGAUGCAUACAACGAGGGCUUCGACCAAAAAGGAGGAGGUUCCGAAACCUCAGGUCAGGGCAUUUCAAAUUACCGCGAAGGAAGCCAUGAACGAUCCCGACGUUGUURCGGAUUCCUUUGUGUCAAAUGAUUAUGUUCGCUAUAUUGAAUCCGUGCCUACUAUGCUUGAAAAACCUUUUGCUGUUGACACUGCGAGUGGAGUACCAUUAGUUGCUGAUAAG